AUGUCAUCCCUUAUUACUGGAAGUUCUCCAAAUGACACCUCUUUUUUUUCUGUUAUUGUUAAACAGGGAAGGCCAUGGUAAAAUUUCAGUAUUUGCUGUCAAAAUGGCGUUAGCCACGUUGUGUGGAGGGAAGAUCAUGGACAAAUUAAGAUAUAUUUUCUCAAUGAUUUCUGACUCCAGUGGAGUGAUGGUUUAUGGACGAUACGAUCAGUUCCUUCGCGAAGUUCUCAAACUACCCACGGCCGUUUUUGAAGGUCCUUCAUUUGGUUACACAGAACAGUCAGCUAGAUCCUGUUUCUCUCAACAGAAAAAAGUCACCUUAAACGGUUUCUUGGACACGCUCAUGUCAGAUCCUCCCCCGCAGUGUCUGGUCUGGCUGCCCCUUCUGCAUCGACUGGCAAAUGUUGAAAAUGUCUUCCAUCCGGUCGAGUGUUCCUACUGCCACAGUGAGAGCAUGAUGGGGUUUCGCUACCGAUGCCAGCAGUGCCAUAAUUACCAGCUCUGCCAGGACUGCUUCUGGAGGGGGCACGCCGGCGGUUCCCAUAGCAACCAGCACCAAAUGAAAGAGUACACAUCCUGGAAAUCCCCCGCUAAGAAGCUAACUAAUGCAUUAAGCAAAUCUCUGAGCUGUGCUUCCAGCCGUGAACCCUUGCACCCCAUGUUCCCCGACCAGCCUGAGAAGCCGCUCAACUUGGCCCACAUCGUGCCGCCCAGACCUGUCACCAGCAUGAAUGACACCCUGUUCUCGCACUCUGUCCCCUCCUCAGGAAGUCCUUUUAUUACCAGGAGCUCUUCUCCCAAGGACAGUGAAGUAGAGCAGAGCAAACUGCUGGCUAGGGCUGCUCCAGCUUUGCUGAAGGGCAGAGGGAUACAGUACAGCCUGAACGUGGCAGACAGGCUGGCCGACGAACAUGUUCUCAUUGGGUUAUAUGUCAACAUGCUCCGGAACAACCCAUCAUGUAUGCUUGAGAGCUCCAACCGGCUUGACGAGGAGCACCGGCUGAUCGCCAGAUACGCGGCCAGACUGGCAGCCGAGUCCACUUCAUCCCAGCCGGCUCAGCAGAGAAGCGCUCCUGACAUCUCCUUCACCAUUGAUGCAAACAAGCAGCAAAGGCAGCUGAUCGCAGAGCUAGAAAACAAGAACAGAGAAAUCUUACAGGAGAUCCAGAGGCUUCGGCUCGAGCACGAACAAGCUUCUCAGCCCACGCCAGAGAAGGCGCAGCAAAACCCCACUCUGCUGGCGGAACUCCGGCUCCUCAGACAGCGCAAGGAUGAGCUGGAACAGAGAAUGUCUGCUCUCCAGGAGAGCCGGAGAGAGCUAAUGGUCCAGUUGGAAGGUCUCAUGAAGCUACUAAAGGAAGAAGAAUUGAAGCAGGGAACCCAGGGGCCCGGUUCUCCCCGCUCCUCCCCCAGCCACACCAUCAGCCGGCCCAUCCCCACGCCCGUCCGCUCGGCGUCCGCCUGCUCCACCCCGACGCACGCGCCCCAGGACUCGCUCACAGGGGUGGGGGGCGAUGUCCAGGAGGCGUUUGCACAAAGUUCAAGAAGAAACUUAAGGAAUGACUUACUCGUAGCGGCGGAUUCCAUCACUAACACCAUGUCCUCUCUUGUGAAAGAGUUGAAUUCCGACGUGAGGAGUGACACCGAGAGUAAUGUGGAUUCUGAAUUUGCACGGACUCAGUUUGAGGACCUGGUUCCAUCACCAACCUCUGAAAAGGCUUUUCUAGCACAAAUCCACGCCCGAAAACCCGGGUACCUUCACAGUGGAGCCACCCCAAGCACCAUGCGUGGGGACAUGGUCACAGAAGAUGGGGACCCCUACGUGCAGCCAGAGGAUGAGAACUAUGAAGAUGAAUCUGUCCGGCAGCUGGAGAACGAGCUGAAGAUGGAGGAAUACCUGAAACAGAAGCUGCAGGACGAAGCCUACCAGGCAAGCUCUAGUCAGACAGAUGAUGAAAGGGACAGGAGAGCUGGUGAUGAAGGACUGAGCUGCACCCACCCCCCCAGAGGAGAAGACGGCAGCCGGGCAGCCGGGCAGCAGCCUCACCUCACGGAAGAGAGGAACCACCGCCCGCAGCAGCUCCCGACAGACCCCCCCACCCCCUAAAUUCAUGUUCUGCCGACUCUAGUGCAGCUCACUUUUUGUUCCAAGAUCUGUAGUUCACAGGUGUGUGUUUUGAGAAGGAAAAAAGAAAAAAGACUUCUGUUCAAAGCUAACUUAUCAGCUUACAUCCUCUGUAACAUGGCUCAUCCCUCGAAAUGAAAACCCAGGCUGAAAACUCAGGCUGCAGUUACUCACGAUGGCAGUAUUAACACGCAUCUUAAGCCUUCGUACAUGACCCUGAACCUGGUCAGUUUACGACGACAAUAUGAAUACUGUUUAUAGCUAGACGUUCAAUUUCCGAAUUCUCUGAGAUUUUAGCAAGACAGUUGAUUAUAUACACUGUACAUUUUUUUUUCCAUAGCAACUGGAAAAAAACAACCACUUGGCAUUAUUCACUAAGCCUGAAGGGUUUGGUGCCUGGGUGCACAGACCCAGCCCCGAAGCCAAGCAGGGUCCUCGGCCAGCACGGUCUGGGUUCGUCUCCAGGUCUCUGAGAGCAGAGGCUGGACACAAACACACCAGGAUCAUCCAGUCUUCGGGGCCUCUUUCCAGCUUGAGGUUGUUUUCUUUCAAGAGAACUCUUAACCAAUCAGCCAUAGAGUUUAGUGUAAAUAUUUUUUUUUCCAAAUAGAUAUCAUAUUCAAAAAAAAAGAGACAACAUUCAAAUUAUAUAGAAUCUAGUUUUUAAAAUCAGCACAGAUCUUCUUAAAAACUGUGAACUCUGUUUUGAAAUACUCGUUACUAAAGCUGUUUAUAAACCACAGGUGCCAUAAGACUCCCCAAAACGGACUCAGAUUCUCUGCUCUUCCCCGGGCUCGAUCCUCUCGGUGUAGCUUUAGGGAGCAUGUUUCUAACAGCACCGUUCGUCCAUACGUUCCCCUAUCAGGUCGUUCGGAGGCCUUUCAGCUUUAAAUGUACAGGCUUAAAGUGUGCUUGCAAACGUUUGCUCUCCUUUUAUUUCUGAAUGUGUAUUGCCUUAGCUGGCUACCUGGUGUAUGCAUGCAGCCUCCUGUGGUCAUGUGAGAGGAAACAGGCUCUUCGAAGCAGAGUUGGGAUUUUGCACUCCGUGAAAGGCUGAUGUGCAAAAGAACAGGUCAGAGGAGGGAGGAGGAAAGACUGUCGAUGGUCCUUUCCGAGGGCCCUUUUUGGGGGGAGCGCUAAAGAUCUCCCUUAGGGGAUUCUGGGGAAAUGAAAAACUAACCUUCUACUAGUUUCAAGAUUCGAUGAACUAAAAAUCCUGCAACGUAGUGGAUACAUUAUACUUAAAUUGGCAGCUUCUCUGGAUUCCUGAUUCUCCUUUAAGGGAAAGAAGAGAACAUUUUAGAACAGCGGUUCUCAAAACGUGUUCCCUGGGCCCGCAGCAGCGUCAGCAGCACCUGGGAAUGGAUUAGAGCUGUGGGUUCUUAGACCCUAACCCAGGUCGACUGAGUCAGAAGUCCUGGGGGCAGGGCCUGGCAAUCUGUGUUUGAAUAAGCCCUCCAGGUGAUUCGGAUGCACACCAAAGUUUGACAACCACUGCUUUAGAAUAAAGUUGUAUAAGAAAAUCCCUGAAAAGGCCUUAUUCAGAAUAAGCAAGACAGGCUUUGGGUCAACCUCAAAGCUUCAGCAACUCGAUUUUGCUCCCAGGGCUGGCAAAAACCUCCUCCCACCCACAUCAUCAGUGGUUGAUGGGUGCCCAGCUGAGCACAGACACCCUGACAUCUUCCAGCCUCCUCUCUAGAGGGUUCUAAGAUGUUUGUGUCUCUGCGUUCGGUCAGAAACCACCCCCUCGGCUGCCCUGUGGGACUAAAUCACUUGCCUUGAGGAUCGCGAAGCUCUGGGUUGACUCCAGCCAGGAGCCUGUUCUGUCCACUGAUGUACUUAAUCCUGUUUCCCUCCGGAGAACCAGCCUGGCAGAUACCCCUGAGAACAGGCUGGCACCAAAGCGGCACAGCUGCCCAGUUCUCACAUCUCUUUGCACAGAUGGAUUUUAUUGCGGGUUUUGUUGGUAGAUCUUAUUCAUCUCUCUUUCCACCGCCCAUCCUCUGUGAAACCGUACCUCGCUAGAUGGAGCAGGUGGCCACUUGUGCCUCAUACUCAGUACCUAAAACCACUGCAUCCUGGCUGCCUGCAUUGCCGUCAGCUCUAGAUCAUAGCCGGGUAGUUCUUGACCCCAGAACUCUGACCCUGCAAGUGGCAUUCAGCCACCCGCUGGACCGAGCUGACAGGUGUGGUCAUUUUGUGUUUCUACAUCAAAACGUUUGUCUAAGGUCUGAACUGUUUUGCUGAUAACCUUCCCCCUGUCCUAUUGCCAACUCCAUCACACGGUUGUUGAUAACCAUCGUCCAAAGCCAUUGCAAGGACUCUGGAAACUGCUGCCAAUGACCAGUUCCUGACUAACCAGCCGCCUUUUCUUUCUCUUAGCUCCACGUCAGCACUGAGACCAGACUCAAGCACCCCUGUCCUGUAAACGAGACAAAAUGGCGUGUGUUGUUUUGGGUUUUUGUGUUACUCGGUGGGUUUCUUUCCCUGGCUCUCCAGAUCUACUUGUGGGGCCUGUUCUAAGUGCAAAUCCAGCAGGUGUCACCUGUCUUGUCCUUUAGAUAUAUCUUGGCGGGGGCUGUUUCUUUCUUGUUCCACGAUGAAUUGCACAUCCAUCUCCAUUAGGGAUGAUGGCCUGUUCGUGAGCACUGGUCUAACACAGCCAGCCCUUCCCUGCAGCGCCAUGUUAGCGGAGGGAGGGAGGACUAUGGAAUCUACUGGAGGGGAUUCAGGAAUCAGUUGUGGUUGGUCAGGACGGAAGUCGGGGUACGUUUGGUUGGUCAGAGGGAGAUGUGCUGGAGCUUGUGAAAAAUGGAUUCUCGAACGAUCUACUAUCAGGCAGGGAAGGUCCCUUUGUAAGUAGUAAUGUGAACUGAAUUACAUGAAGAGUGUGGCCUUUGUUGUGAUAGCCUAUGUAUUUUCUUAUAUGCAUGAGCCCAGCUGUUGCAUCAUAAUUUAGCACUGAUGUCUGCUUUUAUUUUGAUCAUCUUUGUCCACCCUUAUUAGUUCUUGGCUGUUACCUGUAGAUAGACGUUGUAAAUACGGCAACCUUCGGUUGCUGCAGUCACCUUGGUUCAGUUCCGCGCAAGGAGCCACAAACAAGAACUCCACUGUGUCCUCAGAAGAAAGGGCAUUUCUACCUUUGAACCAAAAAGAGGGGGAAAAAAAUCAGAAGCAUUACAUCCUGAGGCUAAUUAACUGUAAGAGAUUCUUAAUGAUGACUACUGUAAUUUGACACCAUUUAAAAUAACCAGUUCAGAGACACUAAAGAUUUCACAAGAUUCAUUGGUAUUGUAACAAAACUACUAUUGUAUGGGUUUUUUGUAUUGCUGUUAAGUAUUGUUUUGUGUGUAUGUGUGUGUGUUGGAACCUCCUGGGAACAUGUUAUAUUUUGAAGUGAUUAAACUAUUUAAUUGUGUGUCUAUAUUUUGGAAUGGAAUUAUUUCUUCAUUAAAAAAUGUUUUUAAAAACACUA